UCAUUUUCCAACGAGCUCGCCUUGGUAGAGUUAAGUCGAUAAUAGUCUUACUCUCUAUCUUUGCAAGCUUCCAUAUCGAGCGUUGUGUUCUGUUUUAUAUUCCAUUGCUGGAAUUUUGAGAUGUCUAAUAUAGAAAUUUCCAAGUGCUGGGCCUCAAUCCCUAAGCUGUGCUCAAUAUUCCUUAUGCUAAUCUCCUGUGCUAUAUCGUCCAUUUCCUUAAUCUCCCCUGAAGUAGUUCGUCAGGGCAGAAAGUUAUCCGCCUUAGUUCCCUCGGCCCCCCUUGUGCUGGAAUAUCACAAGGGGCCUCUUCUCACAGGCCACGCUUCCAUCAACGUCUAUAUUCUCUGGUAUGGCAGAUUCACCCCCUCCCAGAAAGCCACCAUUACAGACUUCGUCUCGUCGUUGGGAGAAACCAACGCCAUUCCAAACCGGCAGCCGUCUGUAAGCAGUUGGUGGGCAACCACGCAACGCUACACCGAUUCCACCCGAAAAGGUGUCUCCGGAGCAGUAAAGAUCGGAGGCCAAGCCUCCGAUGGUUUGUAUUCCCUAGGCAAGAAUCUCAAAAGAAGCCAAAUUGCUCUUCUGGUGAAGGGGGCGUUAGCUAAACGUUUGUUUCCCCCGGACAACAGGGGAGUUUAUCUCGUUCUUACUGCAGCCGACGUUUAUGUGGAGAGAUUCUGCAUGAACUCGUGCGGUUUUCACGACUCCAUUCCUCUUUCCAAGAGAACUACAAUUUUGUUCGGAUGGGUUGGGAACUCGGGAGUUCAGUGCCCUGGGCAAUGCGCGUGGCCAUUUGCGGCGCCUCUGUACGGCCCUCCCACGCCGCCUCUUAUUCCCCCAAACGGAGAUGUGGGUGUGGAUGGAAUGAUUAUAAAUAUUGCGGCUGUUGUGGCGGGAACAGCCACAAAUCCGUUCAACACUGGGUAUUAUCAAGGGAGUGCAUUGGCUCCGGAGGAAGCAGUGACGGCUUGCAGUGGAAUAUUUGGGAAGGGAGCGUAUCCGGGCUAUGCGGGAGAUUUGCUGGUGGAUAAGAGAAGUAAAUCGAGCUACAACGCUUAUGGAAUCAACAAUCGCGAGUUUCUCGUUCCAGGCAUUUGGGAGCCGCUUCAGCUCGCCUAUUUUGUUUAGCUAUCUCUACAUGUUUUUGCCGCACUUGCAACGAAGCACCUAAAUUUUGGGAUGACAAGCACCGUGAACAAGAGGAAUUGAAAAGGAGCAACAAGGUUUACAUAGCUUAUUAAACUCUUGAAAUAAGGGUUUUGCACGACUAUAAAACUCAAUGAGCCAGUAUUAUUUGAUAAGGAAUAAUAGAAUAUAUAUAUAUAUAUAUAUUUUAUGUUGAAAAUGUUCAAUGGAAUAAACUUAAAAGUGUUGAAAGAAUUUGUUGGUGAAA